AUGUCCUCCUCCACCUCGGCGUACCGGGUGCAGGAGAUCCUGGGCAGGGGCGGCUUCAGGACCGUCGCCCUCUGCAAGAAGAGGCCAACCAACCACCUGGUGGUUCUGAAGAUGAGUAAAGGCGAGAAAUCCAUCGCUGCGUCUGAGAACGAGGCCACGUAUCUCAGCAGGAUGAGGGCGAAGGGCUCUCAGGACUCCAACAUCGUCCGGUACAUGGACUCCUUCAUGGUGGAUGAUGUUCACUGUCUGGAGUUUGAGAGGCUGGAUAUCAGCCUCUCCCAGGACAUUGAACAUCAUCGGCUCACAGUGAAGGAGAUUCCUGGCCAAGGCUCGUGGUUUUCUGAAGCCGUCGGGGUCGUUCAUGCUGACCUGAAGCCUGCGAACGUGAUGCUCGUGGAUCACGUUCUGCAGCCGCUCAGGGUCAAGCUGAUCGACUUUGGUCUGGCUCACGUCAUGGUGACUAAAGUUAGUUUGUGUCCUCCUCAGAUCUCCAGAAAUGCUGCUGGGAGCCCCUACAGCCACGCCGUCGAUACAUGGGGUCUGGGCUGCAUCGCAGCCGAGAUGUGGCGUGGAACCAGCCUGUUCCAGGGACUCAGUGCGGCUCAUAUGUUUUAUGAAGAAACUCCACCAGAGUUCAAGGCGGCUGAAGAGUGUGACGUCUCGAGCUUCAUGGAUCUGGUCACUGAGAUGCUCAGCAUGAAUCCUCGGGAGCGGAUCACACCUUCAGACAUCCUCCACCAUCCCUUCCUGGAGCUCAGCCACCUGGACAGCAGCAGGCACAGCAGCUCAUAA